AUGACUGCCGUCGCAGAACCGGUGGCCGUGCUGUCACCGCUACCUCGCGCAGAUGGCUCAGCAACUUACUCGUACGCCGGCUACACCGUUUCUGCGUCCGCAAACGGACCCAUUGAGGCCCAGAGACGGGACGAGGACCCCGAUGAAGCUACUGUCGAUGUUGUCGUACGACCAGCUGCUGGUGUAGGAGGUCCUAGUGAGCGGCACCUCGAGUCUGUAUUGAAAAAGACACUGCAAGAGAUCAUUCUUGUGCACGACUUCCCACGCUGCCUCAUUCAAGUCGUCUUGCAAGUGCAGGCGACGCCUGAGAACGACUAUGUCAACACACGGUUGAACAUGCCCGGCCUGAAUAUCGGCGUUCUUCCAGCGCUGCUGCAGAGCGCCAUCCUGGCCCUGCUCUCAGCAAGUAUUCCGAUGCGGACCACGGCGACGGCGGCGUCACUGGCCAUUCUUCCGGAAACGAAAAGUAGCACCCAGACGAAGAUUGUGACCAGCUUCUCCCCACGGGACGCUUCGACCGCUCGGUCGACGCAUGUCUUCGCCUUCUCGGCUCAGGACGACAAGCUCCUGCUCGCCGAAAGCGAAGGUGAGUUCACCAUGGGCGAGUGGGACGAGGCACUCGCCGUAGCAAAGAAUAUGUGCUGUCAGAGCCAAGAGGCUGUCGAUACGUCUGGCGACGGCAUGGCGCUGGACAGCAACGACAUCAGCAACGACACCGACUUGCGUGGUUUCCUCCGCUCAGCGGUCCAAGGGAAAUUGGAAGAUGCUCUCAAGUGGAAAACGGCACCGAGAGAAUGA